AUGGGCCUGACUCUUAGAAGCAAGAAACUCACUUGUUUCAAAAAAAUGGGAGGACACAAAUCUCAGAGAAAGUCGUCCUUCUCUUUCUUAAGCAUCUUUAAACUUAAAAAGAGCGAACGAGGAGUAGGGGAUGAUACUUGGGAUGACUCUAUGAAGGCAUACAAAGUGUAUCCAAGUGAUGAAGACAGAGCUGGAUAUUGGGCUGAUCCUCGUAUUGACAGCAAAGCUACUCUUUUCAUUAACACAGUUACAACCCACUGGAAUCACGUUGAGGGAUCAGCUUGA